AUUCAUAUCACUCACUCUUCCUCCUAAGCAUCUGGAAGAGAAAUGAAUGGAAAGAAGGGAAGUUGUCAUCAUCAUGUUGAGAUCAACAUACCACCAUUAACAUCCAUGCCUAAGGCGCCUACCAAAUCCAAGAGUGGAGCAUUGUCAUCCUCAUCCACAGCCUCGUCGUCAUCGUGCCAAGCUUGGACCAGGAGGUUGUGGGAAUUUGUGAGAGAAGACAGCAACAGAGUCACAUUCGCAUUCAAAGUUGGACUAGCUGUUCUACUUGUGUCAUUGCUCAUUUUAGUCAGAGCACCUUAUGACAUCUUUGGCACCAACAUCAUCUGGUCCAUCCUCACUGUUGCUAUCAUGUUUGAAUACACUGUUGGUGCAACGUUCAAUCGAGGAUUCAAUCGCGCACUUGGAAGCUUGCUAGCUGGUGUACUGGCCAUUGGUGUUGGUCAGCUAGCUCUAUACUCGGGGAGGGUUGCAGAACCCAUCAUAAUUGGCAUAACCAUCUUCUUAGUUGGUGCUAUUACAUCAUUCAUGAAGCAAUGGCCAUCACUAGUGCCAUAUGAGUAUGGAUUCCGGGUCAUUCUUUUCACCUACUGCUUGAUCAUUGUCUCCGGAUACCGGAUGGGGAACCCAAUUCGAACUGCCAUGGACCGGCUUUACUCGAUCGCCAUUGGAGGGUUCGUAGCGGUUCUUGUGAAUGUUCUAGUUUUCCCCAUCUGGGCAGGGGAGCAACUCCACAAGGAGCUUGUUGCUAGCUUCAAUGCAGUUGCAGAAGCUCUUGAAGAAUGUGUUAAGAAAUACUUGGAAGAUGAGAGGCUAGCUCAUCCAGAGUUCACCAAGACAGUGAUGGAUGAGUUCUCGAACGAGCCGGCGUACACGAAAUGUAGAAGCACAGUCAAUUCCUCUGCAAAACUUGAAUCCUUGGCGAAUUCGGCGAAAUGGGAGCCGCCCCAUGGCAGGUUUAGGCACUUCUUCUAUCCAUGGUCAGAGUAUGUGAAAGUUGGAGCAGUCCUGAGAUACUGUGCUUAUGAAGUCAUGGCACUUCAUGGUGUUCUUCACUCUGAAAUUCAGGCACCAUAUAAUGUGAGGAUCACAUUCAAGUCAGAGAUUGAAGACGCAGUGACGAAAGCCACGGAGGUGAUUCGGGACUUGGGGAAGGAGAUCAGCAACAUGAAGAGAAUUGGCGACACCAUCAGAAGUUCGUUGCUAAAAGGGGUCCAUAAUUCGGCCGAGCGGCUUCAACGCGCCGUCGUUGCUAAAGCAUUACCGCCGACAAAUGGCGACGAAAAUGAUGAUAAAAUGUCGUCGCAGUUGAUUAUAGGGAACUUUGAACAACGGAAGGCGGCGCUUUCGGUGGCGACUUUCACUUCGUUGCUAAUUGAGUUCAUGGCGAGGUUGGAUCACCUGGUGGAAGCCGUCGAUGGGCUUGCCGACUUGGCCAAAUUCAACUGUGAAGAGGUUUUAUAAGAAGAAACACGAUUAUGGACUUGGGCCUGCUAGUACUUUCCUUUGCUAAUCAUUUGGGCCACAAAUAUGGACUUGGGGCAUCUUUUAGCUUAGCCCGGGUGCUACGUUUCUCUUUUUUUCUUCUUCUUUUUUUCUCUUAGAAUUUUGAAUUUACGAAGAUGGUAAGUUUAUUAGAAGGUAAUAUGAUCGGGAGAAAAAAAUUAGAAUAGAAGGUAAUAUUGAUAAGAUUUGGUCCAUACAGAAACGAAUUAAAUCGGAUGAAAUAUAAUUUUCUCUCUUAUGGAGGGUUGCAAAGUCCAUAAAAUAUUUGGCAUAACUAUCUUUUUAGUUGGUACCAUCUCUUCCCUAACCUAACAAUUUCAUCACUCAAAUUACAUAAAUUUUUCACAUUUCCCAAUCGAAUUAAUUUUUUUUUCUUAUUCGUCAUUAAUUGUAAAAAUAGUUACACCAUUAAUCAUUUGUUGUCAAUUUUCCUCAAACUCCAUUAACGUUGUUAGUUUUUUAAUAACGUGUCAAACGUAACCAGUGACUAGGUUGAGAAAGAUAGAAAAGCCAAAUUUUGGGUUAAUCUAGUGACUAGGUUGAGAAAGAUAGAAAAGCCAAAUUUUGGGUUAACCAUUGCCUUCUAUUAGUUAAAAAAAAAAUAUCUUCCUUCCAUCACCCCCUUAUUAAAAUGCUAACCUUUUACAUUUUAUGGGGUAUUAUUACACCAUCAUAUACAUUAGAUGUCCCCAUGUCCCCCUCGCGUGGCGACAUGAGGACGUAAAAAGGAAAGAGAGAGAUGAGGUUUCUCUCGCUUUUGGCAUAGCGGGCCCUCAGCGGGGCCCCGCACGACGGGUUAUUAGCUCAGUGGUAGAGCGCGCCCCUGAUAAUUGCGUCGUUGUGCCUGGGCUGUAAGGGCUCUCAUCCACAUGGAUAGUUCAAUGUGCUCAUCAACGCCUGACCCGGGGAUGUGGAUCAUCCAAGGCACAUUAGCAUGGCGUACUUCUCCUGUUCGAACCGUGGUUUGAAACCAAACUUCUACUCAUGAGGAUAGUUAGUAUAUGAUUUAUUCUAAGCUGCCACUGGUAUGAGAAUGAUGCAUAAUUUUUUUCAUAUCAGAGGAGUAGCAGCUAAUUUACCUCAUGGUUGGAUAGAUAAAUGUUUGGAUUUCUGCGAUUAUUUUUUAACAAGAGUUACUGAAUAUCAAAAACUCAUUACGCGAAAUCCUAUUUUUUUAGAACGAGUUGAAGGGGUAGGGAUUGUUGGCGCGGAAGAAGCAAUAAAUUGGGGUUUAUCAGGACCAAUGCUACGAGCUUCCGGAGUACAAUGGGAUCUUCGUAAAGUUGAUCAUUAUGAGUCUUACGACGAAUUUGAUUGGGAAGUUCCGUGGCAAAAAGAAGGAGAUUCAUUAGCUCGUUAUUUAGUCCGAAUUGGUGAAAUGACGGAAUCCGUAAAAAUUAUUCAACAGGCAUUGGAAAGAAUUCCUGAGAAUUUCUUUUAAUUACCUCUCAUGAGAAAAAGAUCCCACAAAAAAGGAAUUGUACAGUACGAAAUAACAUAAAAAUAGACUCAACUCAUAAACAUAAAAAUAUAGAGACUAGAGCUACUAUGAAUUCUGCAAUAUUGUCUUCAUUAAUUACACCGGAUUCUUUCAUUUCCAUGUAAAGAUCAUUUCCUUCACGAGUACGUUCGCCUACUCUGCCAAAGACGGAUACACCCCAUGAGCUUUCGCAAUGUUGAUUAUUAAUUCCAUAAUUAGUACUGUUUUACAUACCCCAGCUCCCCCGAACAAUCCGAUUUUUCCACCACGACCAAAAAAUUAUUCUGAAGGUCUACAAGAAGAUCAAAAAAUAAGAAACUGUAUCAAGAAUU